GUGGUAUGGAUCGGUCCAAGUUCGUGCAUGAGACUCUGGGAACUGUGUCUGCAGGUCCAACUCCUCCGCGGACAUCCGUCAGCCGUGCACCGGAGUCGCAUCGUCCCAGUCAGGCCUGGCCAAGGUUCACGAAGCCCACAACUCCAGAUGCAAAGGUCCCGUUGGAGCAACAGCUCCGUGCCGAGCUGGAUGCAUUGCGCAGGGAGCUGGCAGCCCUUGAGGCUCCAACAAGGACUGAGCGCAUUGAGCGCACCGAGCGCAGCGUGGGUGUCGGACCGGGCACCGAGAGCCCUCAACGGCCGGCAGCCAGAGAGGUGGAACGUCCGCCAGAUUGGCAUGUCGGAAGCCCGCCUGGCUGGCGGCCCGGGCCGCGCAACGAACGAGCCCUGUCCCUGCCGUCCCAGCUGCAAGCGAAGCUUGAUGCGGUGUUUCGGGAGCCUUCGCCUGACCCGCCUUUGCCCGAGGACGGUCUCAUCAGAGAGCCCGUUACUGCCAACGCACAAUCUUCAGCCAAUGCCUCCACUCAUUCCGCAGCAAGCUACGCCACCCCACCUCGGACGGGCAGCCGAGCUCUUAGCUGCAGCUCCCACGGCCAUGGCCCCUUUGCUCCAUGUCCGGGGCAAGUGGCCUUGGACCCAGGGCCUUGGCAGAUCCCCAGCUGGCCACAGGCGCAGCCUCCGGCACAGCCGGCGCAGCCCGGACCCUCUCCCAACCGAAGCCUUGCGAUGUCUACAGCGCCCGUGACCGAGCCCCUACUGGAGGACCUUGCGGCCUCCGCACCCGGGUUGGAGUUGAAAGAGCUGGAGGAGCUCCGCGGCGCGCUGCUCGCCGAGCAGGAGCUCCGCCUGCGUCUGGCCGCGGGCCUUGCCGAGGCCGCCGAGGCUCUCAGCGGCUUCGCGGCUGCCGAGCACCUGACGGCCGCGGCAAAACAGCUCCGCGAGGCCCCGAAUGCCGACUUCACGCUGCACGGGCUUCGGUCCUUGGUGAUGCUGGCUGCUGGAGGAGCCCAGCGCGCGCGUGAGGAGAUGGCUCCGCGGAUAAAGACGGCAGAGGAUCAGCGGAAGCACGUGGAAAUCCAGAUGCAGGAGGUCGCUGCCGCGUCCCGCAGUGUGGCUGCCUCUUCUCGGCUGCUACUGGAGCGGAUGCAGGACAUUGGGAGGCAGGCGGCUGCCGGCAAGCGAGUGGUCUGCACUUUGGCAAAGCCCAGGAAACAGCCGGACCGCUGUGGGGACGAGGCCGUCGGCUGCGUGGUUUGGGGUGGCACGUUGGCGUGCCUGAACGCCGAAUUGGCAAAGGCGGAGCACUGCCUUGCCGCCUGGCAGUUGCUUAUCGGCGACGCCACGCCCUGCAAUCCUCGCGUCUCCGCCUGGCUUGGGGAUUCCCGGCCCAGCCCCACCAUUGCGCAGAUCCCUGUCGGCCGCUCCGGCAGCAAGCGGACUGCAAGCCCUGUGGAACUGCCGCCGAAUGUCACAGCAUCGCCGCCGAUACAAGUGCCAUUGGCUCCACACUUGUCUGCCGAGAAGAGGGAUGAUGUCCUAGAUCUGCGCUUCAGGAGAAGCGAGGACAUCCUCGAUGCCACAACCGAUUCCGAUCGACCUUCAUUGCUGCCGCCACCGACAAAGGAAGCCUUGAAAGCACCAUUUGGGUAA